AUGUCUUCCGCUGUGGUGAAUGGCGACGAUCUCGAUAUGGAUCCUACGCUCCAGUCGGUCCUCGACCAAAAGACACUUCGCUGGAUCUUCGUGGGAGGCAAAGGAGGUGUGGGUAAGACCACUACAUCAUGCUCGUUGGCAAUUCAGCUGGCCAAAGUCCGCAAGUCCGUCUUGCUCAUUUCCACCGACCCCGCACACAACCUGAGCGACGCUUUUGGCCAGAAGUUCGGAAAGGAGGCCCGCCUAAUCGAUGGCUACUCCAACCUUAGCGCUAUGGAGAUCGACCCCAACGGGAGCAUCCAGGAUCUGUUGGCCACCGGAGACGGUCAGGGCGAAGACCCAAUGGCAGGAUUAGGCAUGGGUAACAUGAUGCAGGACCUGGCCUUUAGCAUUCCCGGUGUUGACGAAGCCAUGUCUUUCGCCGAAGUUCUGAAGCAGGUCAAAUCGCUAUCCUACGAAGUGAUCGUAUUCGAUACCGCACCCACCGGUCACACCCUCCGUUUCCUCCAAUUUCCCACUGUGCUAGAGAAGGCGCUCGCAAAGCUCUCCCAGCUGUCCACCCAGUUUGGUCCAAUGCUCAACUCGAUUCUGGGUGCCCGUGGCGGCCUCCCUGGUGGUCAGAAUAUGGAUGAAUUGCUGCAGAAGAUGGAGUCGCUGCGUGAGACUAUUAGCGAGGUCAACACGCAGUUCAAGAAUCCGGACAUGACCACCUUUGUGUGUGUUUGCAUUGCGGAGUUCCUGUCGCUCUACGAGACAGAACGUAUGAUUCAGGAAUUGACCAGCUACAAAAUUGAUACCCACUCGAUUGUUGUCAACCAGCUGCUGUUCCCCAAGGAAGGAAGUGACUGUGACCAGUGCACUGCCCGGAGAAGGAUGCAGAAGAAGUACCUCGAGCAGAUCGAGGAACUCUAUGAUGAUUUCAAUGUGGUCCGCAUGCCUAUGCUCGUUGAAGAAGUGCGCGGCAAGGAGAAGUUGGAGAAAUUCAGUGAGAUGUUGGUGCACCCAUAUGUGCCUCCUCAGUAG